AAGAAUUGUUGUCGGUCAGCUGUCGUAAUGCGCGACGAGAGAAAGAAAGAGAGAACGUAAGGGUCGUUUUGUGGUAUGAUGAUGAACGGUGAUUGCUAGUGACAGAAAGGGUAGAGAGAGAGAGAGCUAGCAGCAUGAGUGGCGGAGGAGAAGAAGGAGAGAGUCUGGAGUUCACUCCCACGUGGGUGGUGGCCGCCGUAUGCACAGUCAUCGUCGCCAUCUCCCUCGCCGCAGAGCGCUUUCUUCAUUUUGGCGGAAAAUAUCUCAAAGCCAAAGACCAGAAGCCGCUCUACGAAGCACUGCAGAAGAUUAAAGAAGAGCUCAUGCUUUUGGGCUUCAUUUCCCUCCUUUUGACGGUUACACAAAAUGGCAUUACCAAAAUCUGCGUUCCGCCGGCCUUCACGCGCCACAUGCUUCCGUGUAGCCUUGACCUCGCUCCCAAACAUGAAUCUCAUUUCCAGACAUUUUAUUUCCCGGGAACACCCAGACGCCUUCUCGCUGCCACUGCGGCGGAACACGCGCCGCCCCACUCCGAGGCUGAGGCGACUGAGACUGGAACCGAGACUGGGUUCUGCGCUCGCAAGCAUAAGGUGCCUUUGUUGUCUGUGGAAGCACUGCACCAUCUCCACAUCUUCAUUUUUGUAUUGGCUGUCGUACACGUCGCCUUUUCCGUACUCACCGUUGUCUUUGGAGGUGCCAGAAUUCGUCAAUGGAAACACUGGGAAGAUUCAAUUGCAAAAAAGAACUACGAAACCGACCGAGUUCUGAAACCAAAGGUGACCGAUGUUCAGCAGCAUGAUUUUAUCAGGGGCCGUUUUUCUGGUUUUGGGAAAGAUUCUGCUAUAGUCGGUUGGAUGAUAUCCUUUUCUAAGCAAUUUUAUGGAUCUGUCACAAAAUCAGAUUAUGUGACGUUACGACAUGGUUUCAUUAUGACCCACUGCAAGUCAAAUCCGAAGUUUAAUUUUCACAAGUACAUGAUUCGCGCCCUUGAAGAUGAUUUCAAGCAAGUUGUUGGUAUAAGUUGGUAUCUUUGGCUCUUUGUGGUUAUCUUCUUGUUGCUCAAUAUCAAUGGUUGGCAUACAUAUUUCUGGAUUGCUUUUGUUCCUGUCAUUCUUUUGCUUGCUGUGGGCACUAAGCUCGAGCAUGUAAUAACUCAACUAGCUCAUGAAGUGGCUGAAAAACAUGCAGCCAUAGAAGGUGACUUAGUUGUGCAGCCAUCAGAUGAACACUUUUGGUUUCAUCGGCCCCGUGUUGUCCUCUUCUUAAUUCACUUUAUCCUUUUCCAAAAUGCCUUUGAGAUAGCAUUUUUUUUCUGGAUAUGGGUUACAUAUGGGUUUGACUCGUGUAUAAUGGGGCAAGUUCGAUACAUUAUUCCAAGGCUCGUUAUUGGGGUAUUUAUUCAGGUAUUAUGUAGCUACAGCACCCUGCCACUCUAUGCAAUAGUGACGCAGAUGGGAACUCACUAUAAGAGGGCAAUAUUUAAUGAGCAUUUGCAACACAACAUUGUUGGUUGGGCACAAAAGGCGAAGAAGAGGAAAGAACUAAAAGCUGAUGGCCGUCCUGCCCAAGGAAGUUCUCAGGAGAGUGGUAAUACAGGAAUCCAGCUUGGCUCAAUUUUCCCGAAGAAGGCAUCUGCUCCAGGCGACACUUCUUCUGCCCCCAAAGAUGACGGAACCAGCUGACUGUGCAUGUAUAACUGAACAAUUACUAUCUUAUUAUGUAAAGUUGCACACAAAUUGCACUUUUCUUUAUAUUAUUUUCUUUGAUAACUUAGUGUAGUGUAGCAUUUUGGAACAUUUGUGUGAGUAGAUGGCGCCAUUGUCAUUUCCAAGAGCACUCAGUCAUCGGAUUAGGAUCACCUGCACUGCAAAAAAAACUGUAGGAUCUUCCAGUUUUAACUAGUGUGAAACAUUCUUGCUUUGUA